UUUUAUCUAUUAUCAUUAGUCACGACGAUAUCGUGAUAAGAGAAAGAUAAUCAUAUUGUUGUUUUAAUUUUUUGGUAACCGAACUCCGCGCUGUGGCGGCAGCUGCUCGAUGCCUAGCCGCGGCGGCUGGUCUUGGCUGUUCCGUGUUCUCUUACGCCCUUCUUCCUUCUGAUUUCUGUUUUUUACGUUUAACAAUGUCCGCCGUAAAUUCCCGAGUAUCAGAGUAUAAUAUAUGAGUACCAGAGGCUCAUCGAUUCGUAUAAUAUGCCAUACUAUUUACUUUUGUCGGACGACAUUGUGCCGGCAGUGCUGUUGUCCGCAUCACGUACAGUGACUCGUGAUGAAUAGUGAGUUUAACAUUUAAAAAUCUUUCAAGCCGACUACGAAACAUGCAUCUGGACUCGGCUUGUUGGUGCUUGACACUAGUCUUGUGGACUGCAGUUCAAUUCGAGUGUUUGUUGUGCGCCGAUGACAACCGGCUGUCGGACGAAGGAGAAACAUUGGCCGGCCAUACUGUACUCAACACGUUGCCUCGGUAUAUUUUGUAUGAUGUCAACAAGCCUGAAGGAUUUAAUUUACGCCGUGAUGUGUUCAUAAGAAUGGCAUCUUUUAUACAUCAUAUGAAUAAAGUGUCUGAUUAUCAUUGGAUUUUGGUGUUGCCACCAUGGCAUCGUUUGUAUCAUUGGAGAUCAUCAAAUCUUGUGCAAGACCGUGUUCCAUGGAGUCUAUUUUUCAAUGUAGAUUCUAUUAAAAAUAUUGUUCCAGUUGUUGAAUUACAUGAAUUUUUUCAAAUGAACGGAUUAAGACCUUUGGAUGCCCAAGUUACGUUACAAGAUUUUAAUUUGAAAUCAUUUGAUCAAUAUCCAGACUUUUCAGACAAAUGGGAAAUAGCCAAUUGCAAAGGUCAAGUUCAAAAAGAAUUUUGGAAUCUAAACAAUCUAACAUUUACCAAAUCAUUAUGUAUAUCAUUUCAAGGAAUUUCUACUCUAUUGGCUGACAUCGUUCAGGAGUUACAACCAAGAACUAUUAUAUUUGACCAUGCGGAAUUAGCAUUGCACAACUAUUAUGGUGGACAAGAGUAUUGGAGGAUUAGAAAAAGUAUGCAAUUUAGUAACAACCUGCAUGAAAUUGCUAAGGAAUUUAUGAAAAAAAAUUUAAAACAAGAUUACUUGUGUGCACAUUUGCGUCGCAGAGAUUUUUUGUAUGGCCAUCCCAGUGAUGUACCCAGUAUUAACAAUACAGCUAAACAGAUAAUAGAGAAACUAAGUUUAAUGAGUAAUAUUAAAACAAUUUAUAUAGCAACUGAUGCUUCAAAAAAAGAAUUUGAAGAACUUAAUAAUUAUUUGCAACCUUAUGAAGUGUUUAAAUUUGAAGCUGAUGAGAAAACCUUGAAUAAUUUUUUGGAUGGUGGAGUAGCAAUAAUAGAUCAAAUAAUAUGUUCUCAAGCAAAAUAUUUUAUCGGAACAUCCAAAUCUACGUUUUCAUUCCGAAUUCAAGAGGAGAGGGAAAUUCUUGGAUUGCCAGUAGAAACUACAUUCAAUAGCUUUUGUGGAGACAACAUUGUUAAGUGUACACAACCAACAAAGUGGAGAUUUGUUGAAUAACAAUAGUUAUACUAUACAAGUUGACUCUUGCAAUGUCUUGUGGUACAACUAUAAACGGUUAUUUCGUUUAUUGGUAUCUUGCAUUGUCAUUAUCCAGCAUGAUUUUCAGCUCUUUAUUAAAGCGUAAUAAAAAUGUUCCGGCAGUGAAAAACUUCAUUUCUAGUAACUGUGCAGCACUUUUACGGUUAUUCGGGUUAAACUGCAGACAAUAUGUUGUUAUUUCCAUGAGAUAUCCUGGCCACCAGGCAUACACUUUUCGAAGUGCCUUAGCAGUUUUUGAUAUUAUAUAAGAUUGAGACUGCAGUGCACGGCUAGCCUCUAAAUUAAGGCUAAAGCCGUGUUUGCGUAAAUACUCGUCUACAACUGUUAAGUCACAAUUAUCACUACCCAGUAUUUUUGUAAUGCCAUAUAAUUGACUGAUAACUGUGUCUUCAGCGACAAGAGGCAUUUUGCUGAUCAAUUCUGUGAUCAAAAUGCCUAUAAAAUACCACACAGUAUCCAAAUAUAUAAUAUAAUAAAUGUAUGAUUGUUUCUCAUAACACUGGUUGACUGGACACUUACCAACUGACCAAAUGUCCACAGUAGCAUCAUAUUUUGUUGAUUCCAUCAGCAUUUCUGGGGCUUGGUACCAAACAGUGCCCAUCUCAAUGCUCAAAUCUAGUGUUCGGUCUGAACAAAACAUGCGGGACACUCCAAAGUCACAGAUCUUGAUUACACCAUUGGCUGACAGUAAAAUAUUUUCUGGUUUGAUGUCGCGGUGCACAACAUUCUGACCAUGUAUGUAGUUCAGUCCUCUCAAUACCUUUGACAGUUUUCUGACAUCAGCAAACAUUAUGUUAGGUUAAUAAUCAUGAAAAUAUGCUCACUUGAUAUAUACACUCUUUGGUGUCAUCUACAGUUAAAGAUCCACCAUUUAACUCCAAAUGUCUGUAAAGGUUGUAACGCAUCAACGGAAAUACCAUAUGAACAUGACCAUUGUGCCUGAAUGUUUCAAUCAUUGAUACUACAUGAUCAUCAUUGAGUGCCCGUAAUAGACAAAUCUCACGCACCAUCAUCUCGCAGUACCUACGGUAGCUGGCACCUCGGCGACCAUUCAUUGUGUUACGCAGCUUCUUCACCGCCACUACCUGCCCGUUUGUCACAUCAAGACAUUUCGAAACUGUACCGUAAGUACCUGAGCCUACUACGCCCAACUCCCUAUACUUGUACAUAAAAUAUGAUAUUUUAAGAAAAAAUGUAUUUACAAGUUAAAAUUUGAAAUCCAGCUGCAUAGGUUUGUCCUUGUGCAUGCCCCACAGAAUGAUAAAAAUAAAAUUAAUAGAUAUUUAAAAAAGAAAAAGAUAUUUAUUAAAAUAAAAACAUCAACAGUAGUCAUUAUUAGAUUUUCACCGUGGAAACAUAUCUGAUAAUUCUUCUUUUUUAUGUGUAUAACUUAUAUUAGUACAACAGAAUAAUUAUAAAUUUUAUUAUAAUACUAUAUAAUUAUUCAACUAAACAAUAUCACAUUUAAUAUUAUAUUAUUACUAGCUGUCCCAACACGGUGUUGCCAGUGUAUUAGUUUCUUUUUUUUGGCAUUUUUGUAGGCCAUGUGUUAGUGUUUACUGUAAUAAUAAAGUCAUGAAGUAUCUGUAUCAAAAUCUGAAAGUGUUUAUUAUAAUCAUAAAAAAGUUAGGUAUUACUGGUCAAUUUAUACAAAUUAUAGUAUAAAAAUGGAUAAAUAUCUGUGGUUAAUAUGGCUUACUUUAUAAGUUUAGGUCUCAAUUCCAUCCAAUAUAAACACUUAGCAUUAUACUGUUACUGUAGUUACUAUAUAAAAUCUAUACAAAAACUUUUCUAACCCCCCCCCCCCUUUAUUCCCUUAAAAGUCGAAUUUUAAAAAAUCUUUUCUUAGUGUGCCCCUACAUUGCUUAACCUCUGUACAACAUUUCAAGUCGCCAGACCCUGUGGUUUGGUCUGGGCGUUGAUGAGAGAAUAGGUCUCCUAUAUGUAUAUAGAUUGAAAAGUUAUAAUUUUUUUUUUUUUUCAUUAAAUUUAAGUAUAGAAGUUUGCUGAAGCGAAUACCUGUUAGUUUACUAAUGGGUUCGUUUUGUACGAAUAAAUUUAUGUUUAAGAGCAUUGGUAUGAAAACAACUUGUUCCUAGGAUAUUAUACCUAUUGUGUUUUUUUUUUGUUUGUAUUUAAAUUUUAUUGAUAAUUUUGUUGACUAUCAAUAAUUAUUAUUGUUUUACUAGCUUGUUAUGUCUCGUGUAUAUUUAUUAUUUAUAACUUAUUAUAAACUUCAAAUUUUCAAUCAACUCUCAUAAAAUAAUUUAUAGCAAGAAAAUGUUCUAUUUGUUUUUUAAUUUAACGUUUUUAUUGUGCUUAUGCCUUAUUUGUAAAUAUGUUUACAUCAUAACUGUCGUUUAAAAAAUUUGUUUUACUACAAUGUUUGAAUUUUGAAUCACCUAUAUUUGAACAACUAUAAAGAGGUAGAUUUUUGUACAUCAUAAAUAUCCAAAAGUCUGGAUGUCGAUAGUUCUAAAUUUUUGAAAUAUUUUUCUAUACAUUGGCCGUAUAGGAAUUUUACUGUGUAAAUAUCAAAUGAUACAAUUAUUUUAUUUUACUUUUUUUAUGCUUUUUAUAAUUUUAGCACUUAGAAUAAUACAAUUCAUCUAAUUUUAAGGGAUUAAAAUUUUGAAACAUUAAUAAUAU